GCUGGCCCACGAGCCUAGCCGAGGUGUGGUAUACAAUAUGGCGCAGGCAGUCGAUAAGCCUUAAGAAAUUCCAUUCGCGUUAUUAUGUGAGGAGUGACUUUUCGGGAACGUGUUAUAGACCUGCGACAACUGAAAGAAUCGUAGUUUUUGAACUGUGAAGAGUGAAGUGAAUACCAUGUGAUCUAAAUCAAGCAUCAGCUGGAACAAUGCCACUCAUCUCGAAAUUCAAAGACAUCUUCAAAGGUGGCUCAUCUGCAAAAAAGAAAAAACUCUUCCAUAAUGUGCGGCUUGAUAACCCAGAAGACUUUUGGGAUAUUGUGGGAGAAUUGGGUGAUGGAGCCUACGGAAAAGUUUACAAGGCUAUACACAAGGAGACAAAGCAGUAUGCUGCCCUUAAGCAGGUGGUGCUGGAAGCAGAAGAAGACCUUGAAACAUUCAUGAUUGAGAUUGACAUCCUCUCAGAAUGCAAACAUGAAAAUAUUGUUGAACUACUUGAAGCUUAUCAUUUUGAUGGGAAACUUUGGAUGUAUCUUGAGUAUUGUGAUGGAGGUGCCAUGGACUCCAUUAUGGUGGACUUGGACAGACCACUAACAGAACCUCAGAUAGCUUAUGUUUGUAAAUAUCUCUGUAGAGCACUAGUAUACAUACAUAGUAAUAAGGUGAUCCAUCGUGAUUUGAAAGCGGGUAAUGUGCUACUAACCAUGGAUGGUGGAGUGAAAUUAGCUGAUUUUGGAGUGUCUGCCAAAAAUAAAAACACAUAUGACAAGAGAGGGACAUUCAUUGGAACUCCUUACUGGCUAGCACCAGAAGUCAUUCUUUGUGAAACUUUUAUUGAUGCCAAAUAUGAUUACAAGGCUGAUGUAUGGUCACUUGGUAUAUCGUUAAUAGAGUUUGCACAGAUGGAUCCGCCAAAUCAUGAAGUCUCACCCGUCCGUGUUAUGCUCAAGAUCCAGAAGUCUGAACCACCCAAGCUAGACUAUCCAUCCAGAUAUUCCAAGGAGUUCAAUGACUUCAUUGCCAAGUGCCUUACAAAGGAUCCAGCUCUUAGACCAAGUGCUACUGAACUUUUGAAGCACCCAUUCAUUGACAGAGAAGUGGAUGUGAAGCAUAUUCGUGACCUGUUGUUAGAGUACAAAGCAGAGGUUGUUGAGGAAGAUGUUGAGGAGGAUGCAGACGAUCAGCGCACUUCCCGGCAUAGUCAAGAUGAUUCUAGUCAGGACUACACCUUCCCCAUUAACUCUGCCAACACCACUAAAGAUCAGGAGACCAACAACAAGGAGAGGAUUGAAGAAGAGAAACCUCCUAGCCCACGGAAGGAGGAAAAGGAGGUGGUGCCACCAGUCCCAGGUGAGCGGCGGCUUUCUAAGGGGCCAGCUCCCUCUCCACCAGUUACCGGCAGUCCAGCCAGCACACCCACUUCUAGUGCUUCCUCUACACCCUCUAAGAAAGGCCCUGCACCAGCUGUCCCGGCUAGCACCAUCUCCUCUAAACCUAGAGCUCCAUCACCAGUGGAUGCGCCUUCAGAUGGCCUUGUAGCAGACCCUGUAGUUAGCACUCCCAUCAACACCAGUAAACAGGUGACGAGCACACCCUCAGGGAAGGGCCCAGCACCCAAACCUGCGCCUAUCUGUGAGAGUCCCGUUCCGAAGGAGAAACCUCCACCGACAGUGUCCAUGGCAGACAUUCCAGAUCAGAAAUACGUAAGCGAGAAAGCUGAAAGUCAGCCUAUUGCAUCUCCUGUUGUUGAAGAGAAGAAAACAGUGGAGGAAGAAAAAAUGGAAGUAGAUGAGAAGGUCCCUGUAGAACCACAUACUCAAAAGCCAAAGAAAGGAUCUGAGUUAGAUGUUGUUGAUAAUUUAUCACAGAAGAGUAGUGUAUCAUUAAUCAAGGAGGAACAGACUGUUAGUGAGGUAGUAACCACAGUCCCAAAAGCAGCUUCCACAGUAACACCUGAGCCGGAUAAAGUUAAAGUAAAUGAUGAAAAACUUAGCGAUACCCAACAGAAAGCUAACUCAGCACCGUUAGUUCAUAGCACAGAAAUCGAAGCAUUCCCCGUAUCACCUGUUAUGUACUCUCCAAUAGUUCCUUCAGUAGAAUCACAAGGCAAUAGACAAGAUACCGAGAAGAAAGACAGCUCCAUAAGUGAUUCCCAAGUUCCACAAGUAGCGUCAGUGCCAGCUCCUGUGUCAUUGUCCCCAGAGCCAGCUGAAACUAUCAUUGCCUCUAUAGGCAGUGAAGGUACAGUAAUUGUCCGCACCCCAACCCCAACCCCACCAGAACCAACACAGAGCCAGCCAGUAAAGAAAGAAAGCAUUGUUACGUACUCUGGUCCUGCCAUUGUCGAUGAGGGUUUACAGGAGGGAGGAGAACAACAGCCAUCUGUGGAUGUGAUAGAAACAAUUUCCCACACGCCGCCUCCUUUGUCUCCUUCUCUGUCAGAGGCAGAGGAACAAGCAGUUCGCAUCCUUGAGUCUGCAAUUGAGAGCGCCGUAGAAACUGCAUCAAACAGGAGUUCACAGGAUGAAGGGGAGGAAGCCAACGUGACCCUUGCAGGUACCUCAGUGAUACUUACUCCAGACCAUGUGGAGGAGGAGGAGAGCACUGUUUUGGUGUCAGCUGUCCAAGAUAAAGAUGAAGGUGUGGUGGAAGUUCAAGUUAUCACCAAUGAUGGCCAUAAGCUUGAUGAAAGUGAAGUUGUGAUCUCUAAUUCUUCCAUACUAACAAAUGAUGCAGACUCCCAGCCAGAAGCUGCCUCAAAAUCACGUUAUGAGAUCACCCUGGAAGAAGUCGAAGAUGUGAGUGUUGCAACACGUGCCAAGAAUGUAAAUGACACCACACACAUCUCUGUAGUAGCUGUAGAUGACUUAGCAGAAACACCAGACUUGCCAAAACAGACGCCAACCAGAGCACAGGAGGCACCUACCUGGUCUGUGUCAGAGCAACAGACAAACCCCACCAGCAAGUUGCCAGGUCAGAAUGAAAAUGACAACCAUGGACAUCUUGAGACUUCUUCUAAUAUCUCCAAUAUGUCCAAUCUCAGUGCAGGAACUCCAUCAACUGGUCGAUCUGUCAGUUCAGCUGAAGAAGAAAACAGACCUACUAUGUCACUCCUGAUUGAAGGAACCACUGUAGGGGCAACAGAUGUGGAUGAUGAUGUGUUUGAUCAUUCAGAACAUAAUGAAUCAAAAACUCCAAAGGAUAACCAAACUAGACCAGUGUUGGUUAGAGAAUCAACUGUAGAGAGUGAGGUUUCCAUAGAAUCAGGCUUCUCCACAGGUUCUACCCUUUCUACUCCCACGCACCAAAACAUUCCUACACGUAACAGUACCACAGUAGCAGGAUCUCCUGGCUUAAAGAUUUUACCCAAUGGUAUAGGAAAGGACAACCAUAAAUUACCAGAGAAGUCGGAUUGGGAUAAUGUAAGUACAGCCAGCUCUGAGAAGGAGAACAAACCGCGUGAGAGAGAAGAGGAGCCAGCAGAGGAAGUGGUACUCCGAAGACCACCAGCUGGAGACAAACAGGAUGUUGCUCUCAAGCCUGUUGAUAAGAAUAGGGAAAACAGAGCUGCUCGAACCAAAGAGGAGAAUGAUUUAGUGGCACUUCGCAAGAAGACAAGGAAACGUACUAGGAAAUUUGUGAUUGAUGGUGUAGUUGUCACAACCACCACCAGCAAGGUAAUAUAUGGUGAUGAUGAAGAUGGCACACUUUCAUCUGGACACUUAGCAAGAAAACAGGAGCUGCGUGAGUUGAAGAUUCUGCAAAAGCAGGAGCAAAAACAGUUUCAGGAAUUGGCAGUGAAGGCAAACUUCGCAAAGAUUGAACAAGAGAAGAAGUUUGAAGCAGAGAAGCAACAGCUGCUUCGGGGAUAUGACACAGAAGUUGAAGCUUUGAAUAGACAGCAAAAACAACAGGUGGAAAAGGCAGAAGCCCAGCAGGAGAUCGAGCUAAAGAAUGCCAGCAAAAAGAUCCGGGCAGAACAAGAGCGAGAGCUUAAGGCUUUCAGGGAAUCACUAAAGACCGAGUUGAAGCUCCUAAAGCAAGAAAUUGACCUGCUUCCCAAAGACAAGCGUAAAGAAGCCUUCAAAACUCGUAAAGAACGAUUAGAUCAUGAACAGAGUGAGAGAGAGAAGAGUUUCCUUGAACGGCUUAAUGAAGCUCAUGAGAUGUCACUGAAGAGACUAGGUGAUGACCACCGUGAAAGGAUUGCUCUCCUUGAGAGACAGUUCCUACAGCAGAAACACCAGUUACUAAGAUCCAGAGAGUCUGCACUUUGGGAGAUGGAAGAGCGCCAUCUCCAUGAGAAACACCAACUUGCUAAAAGACAACUCAAGGAUAUUUUCUUCCUUCAGAGACAUCAGAUGCUUUUGAGGCAUGAAAAGGAAUUGGAACAAGUUAAACGAGUCAACCAGCAGAAGGAAGAAGAACUGAUUAAGAGGCAGCAGAUUGAAAAGAGGCAGUUACCAAAGCGCAUCCGUCAGGAGAUGAAAGCUCGUGAGCUGAUGUUCCGUGAAAGCAUGAGAAUAAGCACCACUCAUCUUCCAGAUUCUCAUGAUGAUGAGAAAGAUAAGAUCAGGAAGUUCCAGGAGAACGAGAAACGCAGAUAUGAAGCAGAGAAGCGCCGUGCAGAACAGAAGCACAAGCAUAAGUUGGAAGAGCUUCAGGCAGCCUCAGAAUAUGCCAUCAAAGAAUUGGAACAACUACAAAAUGAGAAGCGCAAAAUGCUGAUGGAACAUGAGACUUACAAGUUGAAAUCUCAGGACGAGGAGUAUCAGCGAGAAGUCAGAGAGUGGAAAGAGAAUCUCAAGCCUCGCAAACAGAAACUUGAAGAAGAAUUUGAGAAGCAGUUAAAUGAGCAGGAGCAGUUCUAUGGAGCUUACUUGUGCCGUGGAUUAAGUGCCAGCGUUACCCCAUCUCAGUCAACCUCUAGCCUUGCACGUUCAAAUGCUUCAUAACUUGCUCAUUAUAUGGAUGUUUUGUCUUGAGUAAGAACUUUCAAGAACCUUUCUCUGUUUACAUAAGUUACUAUGGAAGCAGUGAUUUUCUGGAAAUUAAAAAAAAAAUUAAAAAAAGAAAAAAAAAAAAGAGAAAAAAGAAGAAUCACAGAAAGUGGGAUCAAUUUUUUUGUAAAUACAGGUAAUUACAGUAUUUUGAAGCUGAAGCCAUCAAAGCAUCCACAUAAACCCUUUGCCUGGGAGUGAGUAGACACAACUAGACGUAACUUGUGAGAGAAUCCUCCAUCUCUUUAGUUUUAUAGUGCGAAACUGAAUCUUUUAUAAGCCACCUGUUAUACAUUGCAGAUUUCCCUCCUGUGUUAGUUUGUUGUAUUUAAGAUGAGGGGAAAACAAAAGAAGAAUAGAAUCCUGUGUUUUGCCUGCUUAGCUAUUAUAUCCUUAAUUUUUUGUGGAAUGAUAUAUAUUAUUUUAUAUAAAGGCAGGAUGGGGAGGGAGUCAUAUUGUGGUAACAAAGUACAUUUAAAAAUGUAUUAUGCUAAGCCUUAUUAGAGAUCAGUAUUGUUAUUUUUUUAUUUUACUUUUUAAAUUAUUUCUUACUGAUUUUCAAGGUUUAAUGACAAUCUCAUACCUUUGAGAGUGAUUAAUUUUCAUGCUGAUAUCAGUGUAAAGUCUUUAAAAGCCACUGAACAAAUAACAUUGUCCUCAGCAAAAGUUAAUAUAAGAUAUGCAGGUAUUUACAGUUUUGAAACUAGUCUUUAGAUGCAUAAAUGUAUUGGUAUUUGGGUUUUUUUCUUAAUUUGCCACUGGAAGUCAACUUUUUCAGUAUCUGCAAAAAAUAUGAAUAAUAUUGCCAUUGCAAAAGUUGCUUUAAAAGCACUAUUUAUUUGCAGUUUAUCAUAAACAGUUCGCACAAUAUCAUAGAUUAUGAAUUUCUAAACGGCAGAAGUAAGGGAAGUAAAGCUCAAACUAAUUACUCAAGGAUGUAAAUUCUUGAGGUUCUUUGCAGUUCGUCAUUGUGCUAUCAAGAUUCAAAGACCAACAUGAGAACUCAAGAACUUGUUAUGCAACCCACUGUGUAAAGUGAUAAGUCUUGUGUUAAGUAAAUGAAACAGUAGAAGACAACCAAAUUAUAUCGGAUUAAAUUACUAUUUUUAUUUUGCACAUAUCAACUUCUAAAUAAGUGCAUUUACAUAUAAGGAAGGUCUGUGAGUUUUGAAUUACUAAAUAAAAGUGGUCACAACAUUAAUGAUAAAACCACCUUUUCUGGAAAGUGUCAAAUAUUAGCCUUAAAUUAUAUUUUUUAAUCAUACUGUCAAAAUAAUGGAAUUGCUUUGAUUUAGCUGGCCCUGUACAAUUUUAAUGCAGUGUAGAAACUUGUACAGCUCCUGUACAUAUAAGAAAGCUUGGAUUGUUCAUCAUUUAGAUAAUAUGACUGUCACUUAUAUAUGAACAGACAUUAAAAUUAAGAUUGUAUGGAGUUUCAAUUUGCUUCACAUUCUUAUGCUGGAUAUUCAUAGAAAAUAAAUUGUAAGAUUAAGAAACUUGCGUGCAGUAGAUUUCCAUGGCUGUUAUGGGAAUGCAAUAAAGUCACAGUUGCGCAAUUGAUUCACAAAGCUUCCAUCUACAGAUGACAUAAGUUUGAGGGAAAGUAUAAAGUGCUCAGAAGUCUACAGUCUAGUAUUAUGAAUAUAUGUUUGCUAGAAUGGUAAAAUAUUAAUGAAGCACUUAGAAUAAUUUUUUUUUUUGGGGUAGUAUAUUUUCUAUUGUAGAUAACUUGAUUCUUGUAUGCAGUAUAUCUUUAGGGAAAUGCACAUAAACUUUCAAAUUCCUUUGCUUAAAAUUCAUUAUACCUGAAUGCAGCACAUAACGUCCAUUUAGAAAUGAUAUUACCAGCCAGAUUAGAGAUUUUGUUUAGCUUUUAUAAAUUUUGAGAGCUUACCUUGUUUCAGAAGCUUUGAUAUACACGGCAGUGCUAAUUUGGAGUGUGAGCAGUUUUGGUUAAGAGAUAAAAUAAGGAAGAGUCACUAUCAACCAUUCAUGGAGUAUGAUUCGAGAUGGUUUUCAUUACCACCUUCAGUGUUUGUGUUGGAUGCUGGAUGGUUGCUUAUCAUUGUGAAGUCGGUUACUGUGUUAGACACUUAAUGUGAUGUAAGGAGUAGCCUAUGUAGUAAGAAAGAAAAUGAUGUGAUGGAUAUAUAUAUUUUUUUGCAUAUGCAGAUAGGAUUUCUUAUCUUUAAACUUUAGCUAUGGUAAACUUAGUAAUGCCAUGGUAUUUUGCAUCGAAAAAUAUUAGGUCCAGUUUUCAUUUCUUGGACUAGCGUUACCUCUGCCUUUACCUAAUCCCAGUCACUCAUACUUUGUACUUAGAAUUCAUUCAUUGACCUUUAACAAAGUAUUUGUAUUAGUCAUUCGAAUAGGAAUCGAGUGGCUCUUUCAGAAUUUUAUGUGCAUAUUUAAUAUAAGUAAACAUAUUUUAAACUUUACCAAGUCAAAGGGAAAUAUUUUUUGUAAAGUCUUUAUAUUGGGAACUGUGGAACUAUUCCAUCCUGUCUGGGUCAAAACUAACUUUAACCCCAUACCUAGAAUUUGAUUCCCAUUUAAGUUGUAGAACCCCUGUGUGAAUUAUGAUUCCCUCUAUUUUAUAAUUUUCUUGCUUGUUUUGAAGUGAUCAAUAAGAUCUUACAUUGAUGCUGUAAAGUACUUUGUAAGGUCUUAGUAUUGACUAUAUUAUGUUCUUACACAUUAUUGUCCAUUUUAGGACUUGCGGACUAUGUAAAAACCUGUGUAAGGUAAUUUACAAUAUAUACUUGUUGACAAUUAUAAUGUGUAAAAAAUAAAUGCUUUAUUAAAAUUA